UUUCGUUUUCCUUUUUCCUUCUUCUUCUCUCGAGCUAAAAAAAAAAGCACCAAGUGAGAAAACAAAACACUACACUUGAUAGUCCAAUAUGCCUCUUAUUACUGCUGAAAUGAACAUGGCGCAUGCCUUGAAAGAAGGCGAUAUCAUUCCUCAAGUCCUGGACGAUGUAUUUACUCCUGCCACCAUGUUGGAAAUCAAGUACCCCAAUAACAAAGAAGUGCUUCUUGGCAACACACUCACUGUAGAAGAGACAAGCGAAGCCCCGGUUGUCAACUUUGCUCCUCCGGAUGCGGAUGCCGAAUACACCCUCUUAUUGGUGGACCCUGAUGCUCCGUCAAAACAAGACCCCAAGAUGGCACCCUGGAGACAUUGGGUCAUAGUGAAUAUACCAGGAUCCCAGACCACCAAUGUUCAAGCCUCAGCUAGUCAACAUUCUGAGUACUUUGGACCCGCACCACCACCUGGCACUGGUCCUCAUCGUUACAUUUUCUUGUUAUAUAAGCAAGCCAACAAAAACAACUCCUUCCAAGCCAUGUCCGCCGAACCUCAAGCUCGCGGAAAGUUCGACUUUAAGCAAUUCGCCAAAGAUAAUAAUCUCGAACUCAUCGCCGUCAAUUACUUUCUCUGUUCCAAAGAGUAACUUGUCAAUGCAAAAUAAAUAAAUAAAAACAAAAAGCACUCCCACUGUCGUUUUACACCAUGCUAAAUAUUCUCCUGCAAUGCAUAAAUACGAUGGCCAAAAUAAAAAUGGGAGUCAUUGCUUGCCAAACUUUGAGCAUCACC